AUGAGUGACGAAAGUGCUAGUAUUAAUAACUCAACACAGAACGAUAGUAAAGACGAAACAUUUAUUCCAGAUAGGUCAUUUGAUUCUGAUGAUAGUAGGCAAGCGACAUCUAGUAGGCAUAGCGAUAGUAACCAAGUAGAAAAUACAGUAGAAAAUACAGUGCAAAAUCAGAGUACUUUGUUAGGACUUCAAAAUCCUGAUACUGGUAGGAAUACAUUACAUUUGCCAAUACAACGUAGACGGUUAGGAGUACCAGCAGAAUUAAGUUCAAACAUCGUUAAGGAAGAUAUUUCUUUUGAUAGUAGUACUCAGUCGUACAGUUUUGUGCCGAAUUUGGAUCAAACAUAUACAGAAUUAGUAGAUAUAAAUGUAAUUACUUCUUUAGAGGCGGCAUUUCGAAUUUUACCAAAGUUUGACAAGCAAGACUCUGAAGGCAUACAUCAUUUUAUAAAGUCGUCAGAAUUAGCUUUUUCGUGUAUUAGUAAAACCGUAUUUACUGGGAAGAAAAUUCUAUACUGGGUGAUUCUUUUAUCAAACAACACUCAUUAUUUCAAAAAGUGUAAAUUUUUUUGA